CAUCUCUUCUCCCAUCCCCUGCCCUGUGAAACCCUCCCUCCUCUGUCCCUCUCCCCUCUGUCCCCGCUCCUGUGUCUCCAGCCUGGACGCUGCGCACCCCUCGGGCGAUUGGCACCCGUGCUUUCCGAGAGCGAUCUGCACCCGGUGCUCCCAGCUCUCUCCUUCAGUUCCAUCUCACCGACCGCCUGGCCUCUCGCUCGCUGGCGGCGUUCUGCUCCCAUCCCGAGUGGGUUGAGCGCCGGGCCGCCGCCUGGUCAUGUCAGGAUGGAGAUCCGGCAGCACGAGUGGCUCUCGGCCUCCCCCCACGAGGGCUUCGAGCAGAUGAGAUUGAAAAGCCGCCCCAAGGAGCCCUCGCCCAGCCUGACCCGAGUGGGCGCGAACUUCUACAGCAGUGUCAAGCAGCAGGACUACAGCGCCAGCGUCUGGCUCCGAAGAAAAGAUAAGCUGGAACAUUCACAGCAGAAGUGCAUUGUGGUCUUCGCUCUGGUCUGCUGCUUUGCGGUCCUGGUCGCACUGAUAUUCUCAGCUGUGGACAUCAUGGGAGAAGAUGAGGACGGACUCUCAGAGAAAAAUUGCCAAAAUAAAUGUCGAAUCGCCCUUGUGGAGAACAUUCCUGAAGGCCUUAACUACUCUGAAGAUGCCCCGUUUCACCUGCCGCUUUUCCACGGCUGGAUGAACUUACUCAACAUGGCCAAAAAAUCGGUUGACAUAGUGUCUUCCCAUUGGGACCUUAACCACACCCACCCAUCAGCAUGUCAGGGUCAACGGCUCUUUGAGAAAUUGCUCCAGCUGACGUCACAAAACAUCGAAAUCAAGCUGGUGAGCGACGUGACUGCUGCUUCAAAGGUAUUAGAAGCCUUGAAAUUAAAGGGAGCUGAGGUGACGUACAUGAACAUGACCGCCUACAACAAAGGCCGGCUGCAAUCAUCCUUCUGGAUUGUGGACAAGCAGCACGUGUACAUCGGCAGCGCGGGUUUGGACUGGCGGUCCCUUGGACAGAUGAAAGAACUCGGUGUCAUCUUCUACAACUGCAGCUGCCUGGUCCUAGAUUUACAAAGGAUAUUCGCUUUAUAUAGCUCAUUAAAAUUCAAGAGCAGAGUACCUCAGACCUGGUCCAAGAGACUGUACGGAGUCUAUGACAAUGAGAAGAAGCUUCAGCUCCAGUUGAAUGAAACCAAGUCGCAAGCCUUUGUGUCGAAUUCUCCCAAACUCUUUUGUCCUAAAAACAGAAGCUUUGACAUCGAUGCCAUCUACAGCGUGAUUGACGACGCCAAGCAGUUCGUGUACAUCGCCGUCACAGACUACCUGCCCAUCUCCAGCACAAGCACCAAAAGAACAUACUGGCCAGAUUUGGAUGGGAAAAUAAGAGAAGCAUUAGUUUUGCGAAGCGUUAAAGUCCGGCUCCUCAUUAGCUUCUGGAAGGAGACUGACCCCCUCACUUUUAACUUCAUUUCGUCUCUUAAAGCUAUUUGCACUGAAAUAGCCAACUGCAGCUUGAAAGUUAAAUUUUUUGAUCUGGAAAGAGAGAAUGCUUGUGCAACAAAAGAACAAAAGAACCAGACCUUUCCGAAAUUAAACCGCAACAAGUACAUGGUAACAGACGGAGCAGCUUACAUUGGAAAUUUUGAUUGGGUAGGGAACGACUUCACCCAGAAUGCUGGUACGGGCCUUGUCAUCAACCAGGCAGAUGCAAGAGACAACAGAAGCAUCAUUAAACAACUUAAAGACGUGUUUGAAAGAGACUGGUAUUCGCCUUAUGCCAAAUCCUUACAGCCCACCAAACAGCCGAACUGUUCAAACCUGCCCAAACGCAAGUCUCCCUCCAGCCAAGCUGCCAAUGACAAUGCCAACGGGAGGGAGCCCCUGAGUGCAUAGCUCACUGACAGACACGAGAGGCUUCAGACCCAGUGCAGGAAGGACUAGAGCAAAGACCACGGUUUACGACAUCUUUUUUUUUUUUAAGGAGAAAUAAAAAAAAAGCACACUUAUUAAAACUGUUCUCUGAAUGACAUGUAAUAUCUAGCUAACAACAUCUUAGCACCGUAUAUUAAAUUUAAGACUUUUCUAUCUAUGAGCUCUAAUGGAGAAUGUCAUUCUGGCGUAGGAGUUAGUUUUUAACAUCUGCAUACAGAUUUUAAGACUCAGUUCUUGUCUUCUGUUUCUUACUGGUUUUAGGACCUUUUCUGCUGGCCCAGCUGCAUAGGUUUUAGCAUGAGGUGAGCCCUCUCCUUUAACGUUGCUGAAUUCUGGAGUUCAAGGAAUGGGGGAGAAGACACAGAUAGCCCCACGUUUCUUCCCUAAUAACCCAUCUCCAAGACCUAUUGAGGCAGCUGAGCACAGACACCCCCAUCUCAUGCCAGCCUUCAAGACUCCUGAAAAACACCCAGUCUUUUGUCCCCUUGUGUUCUGAACCCACAGGUUUUCUUUGGUAUCAGUCUGUCUUCUCCCUAAAUGUUCUUGUUCUACAUCUCUGUGUUCACCUCGGCACUAGUUCAAAGUGUCAGAAUAUCUUUGGGAAAGGUGUGAAUUCCCCAAAAUGUAUACAAUAUAGAAAUAUCAGUCUUUCAUUUUCACCUUUCAACUACAUUCUUUUUUUUUUUUCUUUUGGUUUUUUGAGACAGGCUUUCUCUGUGUAGCUCUGGCUAUUCUGGAACUCGCUCUUGUAGACCAGGCUGGCCUCAAACUCACUGAGAUUUCCCUGCCUCUGCCUCCCAAGUGCUGGGGUUAAAGGUGUGCGCCACCACCGUCCGGUCUUCAACUACACAUUUU